GCUCGAGAGAGCUGCGGACAUCAACCCUAUACCCAACCUCGCUCACGGGCCUGCAAACAUAAAGCCGCGAUCGGGACCGGCGGGGACCUGUACGAAUCUGAAGCAUGGCUACGAAGGCCGAGACGAACCUUGGGUGGACCGGACACGGACCUUGGCAGUACACCGUGCUGUCGGGCACGGCGCUUACAGACGAACUUCAGCGGCUCUCUGCGCCGACCUCAGUCGGCACGGCGGACGCAGUGACGUUCCAGCCCUCUCCGAAGUCGCACAGUCAAGAUCGUUACGUGGUUCACGAGUGGGAGAUUGGUGCGACGGGGCAACAUUGGAAGUUUGCCGGGGUGUUCGACGGCCACGGUGGCGAGGCAACUUCCGAGCAUAUCGUCGAUGUCUUCCCGGAUCUCGUCCGUCAGUCACUCGAGCAGCUGCUUUCCAACUCCCCCGAAGAUGUCGUCCCAGCCGUCUCGGAUUUGUUGGUGAAAUCCAUCCGUGACUUCGACGAGGGGCUCGCUCUGGACCUGUUCGGCAUCUUUCCCGGUGGUUUGGAAGAAGCCACCGGGCUAUCGGACGACGAGCUCAAGGCCCGCAUGAGCGAAGGCGACAACCAGAUCAAGUUCGAGAGGUGCAUGUCCGGUACGACCGCGCUGAUAUCUUUGUUGGACCCCGCUGGGGCCAACCUUUGGGUGGCGAGCCUCGGAGACUGCAACGCCGUCGUGGGCACCCAAACCGGUCCCGAGCAGUGGCAGCUGGACGUUACCGACGGCAACCACAACGGCAACAACUCCGAAGAGGCCGCUCGUGUCCGCCAGGAACAUCCUGGAGAGGACGAGUGCGUGAUGGAGACGCCGUGGGGUACCCGAGUCCUGGGUGCCAUCGCCAUCACCCGAGCGGCGGGCGACUAUCAUUUCAAGUUGCCCUUACCAUGGAUUGAAGUAUCGCUCCGUGUCAAGGAGAUCAAGUUCAGCUACACGAGUUUAGAUGCUUGGAAGGCGCGCAUCCGGACUCCGCCGUACCUGUCGAACGUUGCGGGCAUCCGUCACAUCAAGCUCGACCCGCUGCAGGACGGUCACAAGCGGUUCCUGAUCAUGAGCUCGGACGGGCUAUACGAUUUACGACCGGAGGAGGACAUGGAGUCGCCAGUGACAAAAUAUGCGCUGGGAUGGCUCAAGGCCGCCGCGAAAGCGCAGGACGCGGGAGGGAACCUUGCGAUGGAGGUGUUACGUCAGGGCCUCGGCGGCGAGGACGAGGCGAAGGUGUCCGCAAUGCUGACGCUCGAAAGUGAGGGCCGGUGGACGGACGAUAUCACGGUCAUCGUCAAGCCCCUAUAG